UCCGACGACGUGCCUGUAACUCGGUCAGCUAAGCUACCAUGCGGUCACCGAAUGUGCAACUCAUGUCUGCGCCGCAUCUUUACCAUGUCCCUCAAAGACCCUCAGCACAUGCCGCCCAGAUGCUGCAGCCCAGAUCACAUUCCCUUGAAGCACGUCGACCACCUCUUCGACGAUAAGUUCAAACUCCUCUGGAACUCUAAAUACCAAGAGUACACCACAAAGAACCGCCUCUACUGCCCUGCAAAAGGCUGCGGCCAAUGGAUCAAGCCUGCCAAUAUGCACAAGCUCCAUGGCCGCAAGUAUGGUCGCUGUCCCAGAUGCAAGACCAAGGUCUGCACCUUGUGCAACAACAAGUUGCACACCACCGGCGAAUGUCCCAAAGAUCCAGACACUAAGAGACUUGUCGAUCUGGCUAAAGAAAAGGGUUGGCAACGCUGCUACAACUGCAGAGCUAUGGUUGAACUAAACGAGGGCUGCAACCACAUGACCUGCCGCUGUGGCUCCGACUUCUGUAUGCUCUGUGCCAGCCCCUGGAAGACUUGCGAAUGUCCAUGGUUCAACUACGCUGCUGUUCCCGACCAUGAUCGCUUGAACCACAUGCGCGUUGCAGAGACCGUCGUAAACGCACCCCGUCGCGACAGAACCGAAAGAAACGAAACUCAUGACAGAAAUGACCGACACGAACUACGCAGAAACCAUUCUAGAAACACCCGCACACCUAUGAACUAUCAGCAAGAACUCGAUGCACGAAGACGUCAAGAGCGUGCCGAUGAAGCCUUGGCUCGUCGUCUGUCCACCACCAACAUCUCUGACCGACCAACAACUGACCGUCCCCGUCCCCGCCGUCGUGACACUGUCACAGAAGAAGUUUUUGGCAACCGCGGCGACCAUUUCCUCAACGACAACUACAUCUCAACCGCAUCCCACAUCAAUGCCAGUGUCAUCGGUGACGCUGCAUUUGCUCGUCGUGGUGAGCGUGAG